AUGAGAUCCUCUAGAUGUGGUCUGAGUAUAGAGGCGCUUCGCACACUGUACAUUUCUUUGGUGAGGUCAAGACUUGAGUAUUGUAGCUCUAUAUGGUCACCCCACCAACAGUGCUACAUUGAUCGUCUGGAGAGCGUCCAGUGCCGAUUUCUACGUCUUAUUGGGUGUAGGAUGGGUUACAUGUACCGGGAUGUACCUACCCAUGACAUCAGAAGGUUUCUUGGACUUGAUACCCUGGCCAAGAGGAGGGAAAUCAGUGAUGCCAUGUUCCUGUUCAAGAUACUAAAUGGACGAAUCAACUGUCCUGAUCUGCUUGCGCUGAUUGACCUGCAUGUUUCCCCACCUAGAUCCACUCGUUCCAAUGUGAUGUUUGCUCGCCAACACUGGUCCACGAACUAUGAACUUUAUAGCCCUCUUUCUAGACUGCAUCGACUCGGCAAUCGGCUCUGUCACUAUGUGGACUUCUUUGACUGCUGUCCACGGGUUGUCAAGAGGAUUGCGUCUUCGGUUCUUGAGGAACAGUAA